AAUGGAUUUCGUGCUAAAGACAAGUAAUGUCACAUGAAAGGUACAGGGAAAGUGUUUCUGAAUAGAUCGUGAUAUUUUCUGUUAAAAAGGUUCUUCGAUAAGAGCUCUAACCAUUCGUCACAGCUCGUGUCCAUUUCAGCAAAGGAAUUUUUCAAAAAUAUAAUUAAAUGUGAUCCCAGUGUUGUGCAAAUUUAGUAACAAGUGUCAGAGGUUUACAGUGUUGUUCAAUAAUUGGUGUACUUGAAUUGAAAUUGAUUGUGACGAGUGGGUGAAAAUUGAAUCCCUAUUGUGAGUUGGUGGAAUUACUCUUCAUUACAAUAAAUCGAAGAACUUUUAAGGAGAAGAAAGUGCAUUGUAAAAAUCAAUUAAAGUCGAAUUUAUAGCUCCAAUUUGCUGCCAAUAGUUUCGAGAUCGCUAUCAGGACAUAGACAAUUCACCCUAAUCAGAUGGCCGCCGGAGAUCCAAAGUGGCAAAAAGAUGCUUCCGAUCAGAACUUUGACUAUAUGUUCAAGCUUCUCAUCAUUGGUAAUUCCAGUGUGGGAAAGACGAGUUUCCUAUUCCGAUAUGCUGAUGAUUCGUUUACGUCUGCCUUCGUUUCCACGGUUGGGAUUGAUUUCAAGGUGAAAACGGUCUUUCGACAUGAAAAACGUGUUAAGCUACAAAUUUGGGACACUGCUGGACAGGAGAGGUACCGCACAAUAACCACUGCUUACUACCGAGGUGCGAUGGGAUUUAUCCUGAUGUAUGAUAUUACAAAUGAAGAAAGCUUCAAUUCCGUUCAAGAUUGGGUAACACAAAUCAAAACUUACUCUUGGGACAACGCACAAGUGAUCCUUGUUGGAAACAAGUGCGAUAUGGAAGAUGAACGUGUUAUAUCUUUUGAACGCGGUAAGCAACUGGCUGAUCAGCUGGGAGUUGAAUUUUUCGAAACGUCUGCAAAAGAGAAUGUGAAUGUAAAGAAUGUAUUUGAAAGACUAGUGGACAUUAUCUGCGAUAAAAUGUCAGAGAGCUUAGAUUCUGAUCCAACUCUCGUGGCAGGAGGACCCAAAGGGCAACGGCUAUCGGAUCAGCCACAGGGUCCUCCUAACGCUAACUGCAACUGCUAAAAAUCACUUUGUAGCGUUCCACAAACACCGAAUCGAAUAAAAAAGCAUACGAUUACAUUGCUACUAGGAUAUUCACACUCUUGAUUGCUGAAACUCAAGCAGAAUAAAACAAAAACUAAGUAUGUACGUGGUACAUUGAAAAUUGGAAAGAAUUAUAGAUUGGAAGAAUUGUUCAUAUCGUAAAGCAUAAUGGCAUUGUCUUUUGGUUGCUAUAAAUUUGUUAGGUAAGGUUAUAAUAAUUUCGUUGUGAAAAAAGGCAAAUUCAAUUCGGUCAAAAAUGUUUAAAAUCGUAUUAAAAGAUUUGGAAUUAUCGUUUUUUUUUUUUUUCAUCUGGAGCAAAAUGUCUAGAAAUACGAUUGGAACUACUGAAGUUGUCAGUUAGUGAAUAAUACAAUAGAACAUGUAGUGAAAAAAAAAGAAAAGAACAAACCAUGAUCGAUCAUUUUGUUGAACGAAAUAGCACUCAUUUACAGACACAAUACGAAUAUCUAGGUAUGUUGUUCUAGUGUAGACAAUAAACUUAAGUGAAAGUCGUGGGUGGUGCACAGAAUGAGCGAAACAUAUUAUUUUGGGCCCUAUUGGAUUUCAGUCUCUUCUACUGACAAAUAAAUAAUCAGUAUUACACAUAACCAAAACUAACUGGAAUAUUAUACAAUCAAACAAUAAUUUCCUGAACGAAAUAUGAACGAACAGUCUAGAUUGGAAUUCGGAGCAUCAAAUGAAAUGUUUUUUUUUUUGUUUUUUUGAAAAGCAACAAUUUUAAAAACUAAUUUUUGUCAAUAAUACGCAGUCAAUUGGUCAAAACAUAAUAAAUCGAAAUAAAUUCCAUCAAAUAGAAUACACAUGAACUGAAGCAGAAGACGACCAUGGAUCACGCGUUGAGUAGAACUUUUCCGGAACAACUAGCAUGGCUAAAUAUGAAUAACUACUUAAACGUCAUAAGAUGUAAAUAAUUUUCCUUCCUAGAAAAGGUAUAGGCAAUGUCUAGUUUUGUUCAGCAUCGUUAAUCAACGUGCACUAGCGGAACUUUAAAACUAUUCAAUAAGUGAUGGAAUGAAAGAAUACAUAACGACAUCGACAGAUUCACCAAACAUACCAAUAACUGCAAAACGAACAUUUUUCGGGAAGCUUUGAAUAUUACUGUGAACGACUAUGUUUGACAAGAACGGAUAAAUGGUAUUAACAAAAACGAAGUAAAUCAACAGAAUGAUGUUAUCAAUGUCUCCACCAUUCAUUCCCAUGCAUGUUUUUCAUUAUGUAAUGGAAUUUCAAUCAAAGGAAUACAUUUAAAACAAACAAACAAAAAUCAUCUGCAUGUGCCUACGAUAGCUGAGAGACGUUCUCCGAUAAACUGAUUUCACUUUGGCCACCCUUU